AUGGCAGCCAAAUCAACCCCAGGCAUUUUGUACGUGACGAUGCAGCCCAAGGAGGGCUUGCCUGAAGCACAGUUUCACGAUUGGUACCAGAACGAACACGGCCCUAAUCGUCUGCGCCUUCCCUUUUGUAACAAUGGCUUCCGCUAUCGCGCCACGGAUCUCGAGAGCGCGCCCGGGUCUAAAGACAAGCCAGAAUGGAUGGCCAUCUACGAUUUUGACGAACUCGAGUGGCUCACUAGGGAACCGUAUACGAAGCUUCGAAGCGCACCGGUGCAGUCGCAACGAGAACGCGACACUAUGAAGCAGAUCUUCGUUGACAGGCGAUCGUACGAUCUCCUCGGAGAGUGGAAGGGUGGUGACUUCAAGGACUUGCAGAAAGUUGAAAACGAGGGAGAGAAGAACGUCAUGAUUGCCGUGAGCUUUGCGCUGCAUGAGGGCGCAGACAAGGAAGAGGAGUUGAAGAAGUGGUACGAUGAGGAGCAUGUGCCUCUUCUGCAAAAGGUACCCGGCUGGAGGAGGACAAGGAGAUUCGUAACAUCAUACCUAGAUCUGGAGAGCGGACACAAGACCGAGAAAGAGUACCUCGCGCUGCACGAAUACGCGCCGCAGAAUGGGCUGGGAGGACCUGAGUUCAAGGCUGCCACUACGACGCAGUGGUGCGAUAAGAUCUACCAGGAUGUCGUAAAAGACAGGAAGAGGAGGGUGUACGAUCUCUACUACACCUUUGGUGCUGCACAGCGCGACCUCCAAAGUCUGGCGAGCAAAGACACAGUACCAGCAGAGAGUUCAGAAGGCAUGGUCAAGACACAUCCUGCGCACACCACACCAGAGAAGCGACCAGUAAUCGAGAGCUUCGUCACAACAAAAGACGGCGUGCAACUGCCGUACCGCCUCGAAGGCUCCAGCGACCCCAACGCGCCUCUGCUCGUCCUCUCAAACAGUAUACUUGUCGACUACGGUAUCUGGGACGAAUUCGUAGCCGAGUUCACAAAAGCCACAAACAACAAGUACCGCAUCCUCCGAUACAGCACCCGAGGCCGCAACACACUUCCAUCGAAUACCACAUCGCCCAUCACAGUGCAUACACUUACAGACGACGUCAUCGCUCUCCUCGACGCCCUGCGAGUGAAGAAAGCAUCCAUCGUCGGUGUCUCCCUCGGCGGCGCAACAGCACUCAACGCAGGCCUCUCCUACCCGGACCGCAUCUCCGCCUUCAUAGGCUGCGACACCAACGCCUUCGCGCCCCCAUCCAACGCAAAUGCCUGGAACGACCGAGUCGCCGUUGCUGAGAAAGAAGGUCUAACAGCCUCCUCCGGCGAGCCCAUUGUCGGCGAAGAACUCGCAGAAGUGACGGUGCGCCGCUGGUUCGUCAAAGAGUCCUACGACGAUGCGGAGCUGGCGAAGAAGAUUCAGCGCGUAAAGGACAUGGUUAAGACGAAUUCACUGGCUGGGUUUAGAGACUCGGUCAAAGCAUUGCAUCAGUAUGAUAUUAGGGAGAAGAUGGCGGGGUAUAAGGGCAAAGGUGCAUUCUUGGUGGGUGCGGGGGAUGGGGUGUUGCCUAAGACUAUGAAAGAGAAUAUGGCGGAUAAGUUGGGAGGUGGGGUUGAGCUUAAGGUUGUUGAGGGGGCGGGACAUUUGCCCAUGGUGGAGAGGCCGGCGGAGGUUGCGCAGUUUGUUGCGAAUUUUUUGGAUGGUUAG